UUUGUUAAAGUUGAUAUCAUCAUCGCUUUUGUUAAAUUGUGUCAUUGCACAAAAUACCUGAAUAUCUCUGUUUUUCUCUCUGCUUCUCUCCACCCAACCAUCGACUGUUCUCCAACAGUAUUGGCAGACCACGACUGAUUCGAAAAUUACUAAGACGAAAACAUGCAGUACAAGCCAUAAAUUCGACUUAAAACUUCCAUUAUGUGCCAGGAAGUGAUAAAAUCUCUUGUUUGACCUGAUCGUCUGCAGCUUCUAUUUAAAAGAUGUAGUUUUCGGCCCCCAUAAUAACCCUCUCUUUCAUUCGGCACUGGUAUCUGCGCGAUGAAACCUUUGGACCCAUCUUGCGGAGUUAGAUGUAAGAGCGCACAGACGCAUUUUGAUUUAGUGCGAAAUGAUGCAGAGUCAUGUAACUAUAAAGGGUGAAAUGCAUUCAGUGAGAACAAGAAUUACUAUCAUGAGAACAGAUAUUACUACCUAAAGUCUAUCUUGACUUCCUCUUUGUUAUUCCCCGACCUCUCCAGAAGAAUCGUUUAUACAAAAUAUCGAGGGCAAUUUUGAAUCUUUCAACAGUGUGAAGGAGAAGCAAUUACGUCAUGCUACGACAAAAUCACCUACUUACGGUAAAUGCAAUAGUAAGUUUUAGUUUUUUAUUUUUUGUAGACUAAAGUUUGCAAAUUUGAUUGGGGAGAACUUGACCCAAACUCUAAUUUCAUUUAUUGAGGAAAUUAUUCCCGCAGAAAGCUACGAAAUUUCGAGAAAUUGCUCAAUCAACUGUUGUGCUUUACGGAAUGCAUUAACUGCAAGUGUGAAGUAAUUUUCGUUGCUAAAUUACUGAUUAAUUCAAAUGACACCACCACAGACUUGAACUGUGGACUAUAUUCGUUAGAAAUAUUUUAACACUGUUCACUUGCCCAAGCCAGAUGCGUCGGAAAUUACUUUAAGAAAACGUGACUCGCGUAUUUUAAAUCUUCCAUCUUAGUGCUUUUCGUGAACUUUUCGAACUUAUUUUGAGAGAACUGUGAGUUAGCUGUCUGGGUAUCGUGAAGUAUUUGCGUUUUUUUCCACCGGAUAGGAUUACCCAAGUUAAAACCCGCCUGGUAAAAAUUUUUCUCAAACCAAGCCGAAAUAUUCAUCAGUUAUCCCAGUCUUUUAUAACAACAAAUAAAGAAUCGAUGGCGAUUCCCGACACUUUCUAAUGAACAGAUUUUAAGCGUGGUUUGAGAAUGUUUCCGAUCGGAAGACGAUUAUUGAAUUUACAGGUUUGUUUUAUAUCUGUCAACACAGAGUCAGCAAUCAUCAGUAGUACUCCACACAUUAGGUGUCCAGUUGCGCACAUCAUCAAGUUUCGCGCAAUCUUAACAUCAGCUCAACUUGAUUUCGGGGGUUAUCGAUAACGGAACUUUUCAAUCUCAUACAGCCGAAAGCUUUUUUAUCUCUGAAUACUUCCUUUUCGCUUCGUUUUUAACCUAUGAGGACUAUAAAUAGGGCGUCACAAGGCUGUGUGGUUCAUUUGAAGUUACUAAUGACCUGUGGUGUUUUCUACACCUCGGCAUCUUCGUGCCGCAGCCUCGCGACAGAUUUGAUUAUAAUCCUGUGAAAUUCAAACGAUCCAAGAACAAACAGGGUUUGCCUCUCUGUGUUCUUGGCCGACGUGGUAAGCUUUGCCAUUUGUGUCAUUUGUCAAGGGGUCUGGUCUCUUUCCGGUGGAGUAAAACCAAACAACCGGAGCCAAAUUAACAUUACUUGUUAAACUGCACGUCGGACUCAGUCUUAGGAAGACCCUGAGAAAUGGAGGGCGAACUAACGGAGGAUAUGGGCUCUGGUAUAAUGGACGAUGGUUCAUCUGAAAAUUCAGAAAAUCCCAUCAACUACACCUUUUUGGCGAUCCAAUGUGCGUGGUAUUCAUUCGUCCUUAUUCUUGGCAUCACAGGGAAUGUGUACAUCAUUUUAACAGUGUGGUGCCGUAAGGACAUGUGUUCCACAACAAACUUGUUCAUUGUGAACUUAGCUUUCAGCGACUUAGGGAUUCUGCUGAUCUCUCUCCCAGCUGAGUUCAUCAAGGAUUAUGUAGGUUGGCCCUUCGACAAGCUAACCUGCCAGAUUUUCGCCCCGUUGAACGAAGUGUUCUUUUGUGUGUCCAUACUGACUCUAACUGUUAUCACAAUUGAGAGGUUUCGGGCGAUCUGCAGACCUUUUAAACCACAUCUAACGCAACGGAAGGCCAAAGUGAUCAUCAUUAUCGUAUGGUUUGUGUCAUAUCUUACUGUUGGUUUUCCAAUGUCGUUUCUUAUGGAUGUGCAAGAGAGUCAAAACCAUCUCAGAUGCGGACCUAAGUGGUCGGGAGAUCUUCAGCGGCGAAUACACACUUGUUUUAUUGCCACACUUAUCAUCGUGCCCCUCUUCAUAACAGCCGGAGGCUAUGCAGCAAUCGUGUCUGCAAUGAAAAGACAAAGCGCGCGGAUCAGGGCGAGAGCAAACUCCUUGAGCGGCGCAACCGUUACCUUCCGUCAUGACCAAUUCCGUUUAGAGAAGAACGCAGAAUUAAUCAAAAUGCUUCUACUCAUUGUCGUUGUAUUCUGGAUUUGUAUGCUUCCUUUAACUCUACUUGCCCUGGCAAUAGAUUUUGGAGGCAUCGAUCCGACAACAAAAGCAGUCGAUCUGUUAUACACCCUCGGUAUCUCCUUAUUUUUUAGUAACAGUGCAUUUAACCCCGUCGCUGUGUACAUGAUGAGCUCAGAGCUGAGGAAAGGACUCUACGCCUUCCUUAAUAGAAUUUCAAAGUACUUUGACUACAAGUUUAUCGAAGUAUGAAAACAGAUGAAAGACUGGCUACUUAGCCUCGCAAGGUUCUCUCAUCUGAAGUGGCUGUAAAUAGUGGUGGAAUGUUAUAUUUAGUUUCUACUUGUGAUGUGUGCACAGAUUGUAGCUGUUAUAUGUGUAGUUGUACAAACAAUUUAUCCGUAGCAGAUGAAAAUAAUGUAAACUUCUUAACCUAAAGCAUUUGAUUGGAUUUUAUCUUUCGUUCGUGCUUGAUUCAUUCAAUACCGAAGAUAGCUUGACAUAAUUCACAGGAACUAAUUGACCUUAAAUUAAACUUCUUUUUGAGCUUAAUAACCAUCCGCAAAGAGACCAAAAAUUCCGAGUAAAAUAUUCCUUGUUCUUCGGGAGAUAGAACAUUUGGAAAAAUGUUUACGUUCACCCUCUAUAAAUAUAACUGCAUCAUCCCAAUACACAUGAAUCUUUACCAUUUAGGAACUGAACACGAUACGCAGCCAUUCCUAAGCUUUUAAUAAGCUGAUUGACGGGUUUAAGUUUCUUGUUUGUUUGGAUCACCCAUCAAUCAGUACAAAGGACCAGCGGAGUAAUUGAAAUAAGUACAAUUGAAAAACGAUGCAAAAUUGCAAUACACUAAAGUCUGUACCCUGAUUAAGUCUACUAAGUAUUCUUUGAUGUCUCUCACGUCAUCGAAUACGUAUCCUGGUUUUAUUCACACAGCGGUGAUCUUAAACAUUUAUCUUCUUCUCCCGAAGUUAGAACUCACUUAUUAAAAAAACAGGAGAUGGAACAUAUGAGUCAGCAUAACUUCUCCUUACCAAUUUUCCCGGAAUAGUGUAGCAGCUAGACGUGAAAAUUACUAUUUUCAUCGAAGUGUUCUCAGCUGAAUAACCAUUGGCUGUUUUAAUCAUUUUUAAAUCGACUCAAAUACCAUAACCUUGUUGAAGAACGACAAUGAAUUGCAACGACAGCUGGAGAAAACAACUAUUUCUUAGCCUCAAGCUGUAAUGGACUCUAAUGCCGCCCGAAUUAUGGGGCGAUAGGUAAUUUUUCAUAUGACAGCAGAAAACAAACAUAACGCAUGUGGUACAUAUUUUUGCAGGGUAGAGAAAAUGUGUAUAGUUAAUUUAUAAUGUAAGGAAAAAAAGGUUAGUAACCGUUUCGGUUUAGUACGUAGUAUUUUUAUAUAGAAAUUAUGUGAAAUACAGAAAAAGUCCAUGGAAAACUGCCAAA